CAACAAAUUUUAUAAGCAUUAGACACGAGAAAGCUAUCAGAAAUGACUUUGGUGCCGACCACAUAUCGCGAUCUAUCCCGGGAAUUGGAUCGACCGCGUCCGCUCUACCAGCCGCCAUACGACUUCCAGCUAUAUCCCUACCUAUGGGACGACCCUCGUAUUUGGUGGCCCACCAACAGCAACAGCAGUGACUACUUGCGCCCAUUGGAUGAGCUGGUAAGCAGGCGAGUGCGCAAUCAGCUAAUACAAUCGACGCCCUACGACUGGACAUAUCCAAUGCGCUGGGACAACUACUACUCAGGUGAGCGGGUGCAUGCGGAUGAGAAAGGCUUUCGCAUCGACAUCGAUGUCCGCCAGUUCCGACCACAUGAAAUUGUGGUGAAGACCAACGAUGACUACAUCAUUGUUCAGGGCAAUCAUAACAAGCGCAGCGAGGGUGCCAAUGGCUACGUGGAGCGACACUUUGUGCGCAAGUAUCUGCUCCCACGUGGCUACAAUGCCAACGAAGUCAUCUCCGACAUCUCCACGGACGGCAUCCUUACCAUCAAGGCGCCGCCACCACCACCAGCCAAAUACUAUGCGCCCAGCGAACGGCUCGUCCGGGUACAUGAAACAGGAAAACUAUCGCUGCCCUGGAAGUAAAUGCUCCUGCUUCAGUCCCCGGCAUCUUUAAAGCACCCUUUCGCAUCAUUGGGGAAUAUUCAAAUUCAAGGUGAACUAUUUAUGGCCAUCGCGCUGCAUCGAGGAUUUUAAUUUUAUUUUAAGUUCACAAAUACAGCAAAACACUUGAUGCAAUCUUAAAUGCGCAAUAAAUUGAAUUUAUAGAAAUUUUCAUUGGAAUAGAUCAGUUACAAUAUUCAGGGUUGCCACAGUUUUCGUUUAUAGCCUAUUCUCGCCUUGGUUCAUUUUUAAUGUGAAUUUAGUUCUCUUUAUUACUUAA